AUGGAUCAUAGGCCUCAUUCUCCAGACUGGCCUAUUGUCGAAGAGGAAACUGCUGAGGUUCCUGCGAAGUCCUUAUCUUCACCAAAAGGCGUUUCUAGAUCAAAGAGGAUUUGCAAACCUCAAAUCAGUCGAAAAAGGGUAAAGAUUCAUGAGCUUCCAGCUCUAGUUUCUCCAACAUCUAAGAAACAAAGAGCAAGAGACAUGGUCAAGAAGAUUAAAAAGAAGCAAAAGCAGGUUAGCGAUCCAUUGUAUGAGGUUGUACUUGAAGUAGAGUUUGAAGAAAGUGAUCAAUCACCAACACAAUAUCAUGAUAUGGCUUUUUCAUCUCAGAGGGGCUCUCUAGUCUAG